CUCUUGCCUACGGUUGGUCAGUAAGAAUUGAUCGCUAUUUUCGGCUCAACCAUAUAGAGGAAGAAGAGAAGAUAAAUGUGGUUGUGGUAGCUAUGGAGGACAAAGCGCUUAGCUGGUUCCAAUGGUGGGAGAAUCAGGCGCGUGAGCAGAAUUGGGAAACAUUGAACGAGGCUUUAACUCGUCGUUUCCAACUUGAACUGGUUCAGAUUCCAUUGGGCCCUCUAUUAGGUCUGAAACAGAAGGGCACUGUGAAGGAGUUCAGAGAAUAGUUCGAAAUGGCCAUUGCUUCACAAGGAGAUCCGAGUAGGAAGGUGACAAAGGGAAUCUUCUUGAAUGGAUUGAAGAAAGACAAUAUAGCUGAAUGGAUUGAAAAAAAGCUCUAUAAUGCAAGGGAUUUGGCUGAGAUCAUGGACACAACAUUAUUGAUUGAGAACAAAAACAAUGAAAUUAUGUUCGGGAGACAUAAGGAAGAAGGGAAGAGAAAUUGGAAGAAUAAUCUGACAGGGGGACAGAGUUAUAACAAAUGGAGAGAUGGAGGUAGAGGAAGUUUGAGCCAGACAUCUACAAAUCAUUCUGGGAAGAAUUCAGUUGAUAACAAGAAGGUGGAUGAAUUGUCCAGCUCUACUCAAAAGAAGAUAAGCCACAGAUUAUCACAGAAUGAAUUGCGAGAGAGAAGUAGGAAAGGGUUAUGUUUUCAAUGUGGUGAAAAUGUCAUAUUUGCAGAGAAUGAAAAACUUCAAAAUGGUGCUUGUAGAACAGUCUCAAGGGGAGGAAGAAUCAGAGGAUGCCUCUAGCAAAUCUGAAGAAGGAGGAGGGAUUCAUAGGGAAUAAAAAAAUAUACAGUUAUCCGUCCUAAGCACAGAAGGAAUACCUUCCAUUAAAACCUUCAAGGUGAAAGGGAGAUUGAAAUGGCCAGCAACUGAACAACAGGUGAAUAUUUUUAUUGACAGUGGUGCUACCCACAUCUUCAUAUCCCAGAAACUUGUAGAAAGAUGGAAAAUACCUUUCAAAGUGUAUCGAGGGAUAUAAAGUACAAAUAGGGAAUGGAGAAUUGAUUCCCAACAUGGGAUGUAAAGUACAAAUAGGGAAUGAAGAAUUGAUUCCCAACUGUGGCAGGUGUGAAGGAAUGAUAUUAAAUGUGCACGGAAAUGAAAUUUAGCAAAUUUUCUAUAUUUUGGAGUUGAGUGGGACUGAUUUAGUGUUGGGGAUGGAGUGGUUUACUGGUCUAGGAGAUAUGGAAGUUAACGUUCUAAAUCAGACCAUAAAAUGGAGAAAACAGGAGCAAAAUCAUAUUAUUAAUGGUGAUGCUACACAUAGUAAUAUGGAAGUAUCUCUGAAGACUAUGACUCACAUCUUACAACAAACAGGAGAUGGAUAUUUGUUGUAUUUUGAAGGUUAAAGUAUUGAACAGAAGCAGAACAAGAUAAACAAUGGGGCGUGGAAUGAAAUAGUGAAGGAAUAUCCUGAGGUUUUCAAAUCUACCCUGGAUCUGCCACUUGUCAGGCCCUGUGAUCAUGCUAUCAAUAUCAUAGAUGGAGCCAGCAUACCUAACAUCAGACUUUACAAGUAUUCCUAUGACCAAAAGAAUGAAAUUGAGAAUACUAUUCAAGAAAUGCUCAGUUCUGGAAUUAUAAAGCAUAUUAACAGCCCCUAUAGCAGUCCAGUAUUAUUAUCUAAGAAGAAAGAUGGUGGUGGUUGGAGGUUUUGUAGAGAUUAUAGAGCUUUGAAUAAGAUAACCAUUCCUGACAGAUUCCCUAUACAAGUGAUUAAAGAACUCUUAGAUGAGUUAGGAGGGUCUAAGUUGUUCUCAAAACCGGAUUUAAAGUCUGGGUAUCACCAGAUUGGAAUGAAAGAGGAGGAUGCACACAAAACUGCCUUCAAGACUCACGAAGAGCAUUAUGAGUAUGUGGUUAUGCCUUUCGGAUUGACAAAUGCACCUUCAACUUUCCAAGCAUUGAUGAAUGAAUUCUUGAGACCGUUUUUAAGGAAAUUUGCUCUAGUGUUUUUCGAUCGCACUGAUUUAUAGUAAAUCAAAAAAAGAACAUGUAAAGCACUUAAGAAAGGUACUGCAAGCCUUAAAGGUGAACCAGUUGGUAGUUAACCAGAAAAAGUGCUCCUCGGGCCAGACACAAUUGACAUAUUUGGGCAAUAUUAUUUCAGAAAAGGGAGUAUCUGCAAACACUAGCAAGAUAGAGGCCAUGAUCAGUUGGGCAGAACCCAAAGAUGUAAAAGGGUUGAGGGGAUUUCUUGGUUUAACAGGGUAUGACAGAAUGUUUAUGAAGGGUUACAGCACCCUUAACACAAUUACUGAAGAAGGACAAUUUUCAAUGGGAUAGUGAGGCUAGCUUGGCUUUUGCAGAAUUAAAACAAGAAAUGACAUCACUACCAGUCCUAGUCAACCCAGAUUUCAAUAAAGACCUCAUUAUUGAAACUGAUCCUUCUGGAAAAAGGUUAGGGGUUGUACUAAUGCAGGAAGGGAGACCCAUUGCAUAUACUCCCUCCGUCUCUUAAAACUUUGCCAUCUUUUCUUUUUGGGAUGUCCCAAAAAACUUUGCCACUUUCCCUUUUAAUCAAUUGUUUUGUGGUUUCUGUUUUUUCUCUCUCCUCUGCACAAAUCUCAACCACACAUUUUUUACUUUAUUAUUCUCCGUGCCGUUCAACUUUGGCAAAGUUUUAAGGGACGGAGGUAGUAUGUGUAAAGAACUGUCUGUCAAGGAUCAGGCUAAGUCUGUUUAUGAGAAGGAGUUGAUGGCCAUAGUAUUAGCAGUACAGAAAUGGAGACUGUACUUAUUAGGGAGGAAGUUUGAGGUACAUACUAACCAAAGAAGUCUAAAAUACCUAACAGAACAGAAAAUUAUGGGAGAAGAACAACAGAAAUGGAUAGCUAAAUUGUUAGGCUAUAAUUUCACUAUUAAGUACAAGCCAGGCUUAUAAAAUAAAGCAGCUGAUACUCUGUCCAGAAAAUUGCAUCUCAAUUUACUUUCAGAUCCUAAGUGUUAUGACACCAUUCAGAGGAUACUCAAUCAUCCUGAUCAAAUGCCUGAGUUUAAAUUCAAGAAAGGCUAUUGUACUUUAAAGGGAGGUUGAUGAUACCUAAAGAUUCUCCUAGAAUCGCUAGGAUCCUUUAGGAGUAUCAUGACUCUGCAACAGGUAGACAUUCUGGAAACUUCAGAACCAUGGAAAUAAUAUCAUCACUAUUCUAUUGUAAGUAAGAGUUGGAAGUGUAAAACUUAGUUUUAUGAUAUUGUUAACACAAUCGACUCAAAAGAAUCCUAUGCUUUUUGAUUUAGUAUUACAACAAAUUACAGAUUAGAAACAUGGAAUAACAUGAAGUGUAAUCAACAGUCAAGGCAUCGAUGUUAAUUCUCACAACAUCUAAAGCAUAACUUUUAAUACCCAAAAUUGGAUAUCAUGAGUGAAUGGUAUAAAUACCAGGGUAUCAUACCUCACAAAUUGUAAAGAUACGGUAGAAAAAAACCUUUCAUAAAGUCCAGCUAAUUGAGUCGUUUUUAAUCUUGAUUCCUUUUAAUCUUAUUGUUGGGCCAUGGAAUAAUUAAGAAAAUAUACCAAAUUUCAACCCAUGUCCCGACUAAGAAC